AUGAAGAGUGGUCUUGGGCCGAGAAGAACAUUCCUAAAUUGCACGAAUGGAUGGAAAAGAACUACCCAUCAUCCAACUAUCGUUUGCCGAAACUGUUUUCCCCCAUAAAAUACAACGUCUUCCUAUCCCCGUAUUUCGAAGAAAGGAAUUUCACUUUCUUCGGAAAGGUCGAAAUCGAAAUGAAACGUCUGCAACUCACAUCACGGAUCGUCGUUAACAGUAAGAAUCUUAACGUGAAGGAAGUAAAGGUGUACGUUAGUAAAGGGAACUUAGCUAAAGGCGAGCAAUUGGAAUUGAGUGCUUUUUACUUGAACAAGGAGACUGAAAUGCUUACAAUAUUCAUGAAGAAGUUUAUAAAGGAAACAAAUAUUAUUGUUGAAAUCGAUUACACGGGUCAGCUCAACGAUGAUAUGGAAGGUUUCUACCGAAGUCAUUAUCGUGAUAGUCAAGGAAACAUACAUUGGUUGGCAACGACACAAUUCCAAGCCACUUACGCUAGAAACGCGUUCCCUUGCUUCGAUGAGCCAGCAUUCAAAGCAUCUUUCAUAAUUAACAUCGAAAAGCCUGACACCUAUACUGCGCUAAGUAACAUGCCCAGCGCGAAAUCAUGGGAAUCCAAUGUUACAGGUCGUGUGUGGGAAACAUUUACAGAAACACCGAAAAUGUCGUCGUACGUGGUCGCAUUUGUUGUAUUCGAUUUCAAACCCGUGAGAGAUGCAGGCACGAAAGUUAAUGUAUGGAGUAGGCCCGAUAUGGCACUAAAUGGCGACUACGCACAAAUUGCGGCGCAACGAAUGCUGGAGUUUUUGGAGGAGAAAACAAAUCAAUCUUAUGUUCUACCAAAAUUGGAUUUGGUAGCGGUUCCAGACUUUUCGAUGGGUGCAAUGGAAAACUGGGGUCUCGCGACAUUUAGAGAGUAUGGUAUUCACUACAACCAAGUCGCGACUACAGCAAAAUUCGUUGACUAUAUCACAACCAUAAUAGCCCAUGAACUAACCCACAUGUGGUUCGGAAAUUUGGUGACCUGCGAAUGGUGGGAGAAUCUCUGGCUCAACGAAGGUUUCGCUGAAUACUUACAGUGGACUGUUUCUCACAGU